UUCAAGUGGAGUCUCUUGCAACGGACUGACGAUGUUGGAGUCCUUAAGCCAUGGAUGGAUGUACUGGAUUGUUAUCGUUGCAUCUGCCUUCGCCGUGAAUCACCUUCCAACAAGAAGAGAUACAAUUAACAGAGGAGGUUGUUCUCCUCCUGAAGUUUUAAUUAACGGAUCUGUUAUACCCGGAAACGGAGGAACUGAUUUUGCUAGUGUUCAAGAAGUUCAAUUUCUCGGCGUUAUUGGCCCGUUGGAGCAGAAAAGGAUUUGCAAAAUAAAAUGUUUGAACGGAGUCUGGGUUGGCCCACUUUGCACUAUCGACGAAGAGGGAGGAAGGUUCCAACCCAUGCUGAAGCAAUGUAUUUUGAAGCCCAGCGAUCCAGAAGUCGUCAUAUCCUACCAACGCAAGACAUUAGCCUCCAACGAUCGAGAUAUAGCAUUGCCUCACGGCAGUACACUCGAGUUACGUUGUGUGGAAGUAGGAAUGUACAAAUUUGUUGGUAAUUCCUCGAUAACUUGUCGAAAUGGCUUAUGGAGUGCCGCUAUGCCCCAUUGCGUGUCGACGACCAUUCAGAGAAAUUUUUCAAUACAAGCACCCCCGACAAUAGUAUAUAACGUAGUAUCCGGAGAUGCUGGAAUCACAGAAUCUGGAGUGGUGGUCAUAUUACCUGGAAGCAUCGUUCACUUCGAUUGCCUCUUCCAGAGACAAUACGGAAAUCCCGAAUGGACUUGGACACCGACUAAAAGACAGUAUCCUUGCGGAUGGGGAAUUAACGUUGAAGAGAGAAGCUGGAAGUAUCGUUUGUCGAUAUAUUACGCAAUGGAACACGACACUGGAGUCUACACUUGCACCACACCCAGAGGUCUAAAUAACGAAGUAAAAAUAGCAGUUAAAAGUGUUCAAUGUCCUCCUUUUGAAAUGGUGGACAGGAACAGAGUCAUGUCCGUAGAAGGUAAUAAGAUGCACAGUCAAGCUAAAUUUUCUUGUAUGGAAGGUUACAACCUGAUAGGACCCGAUAUGAUAACAUGUACAGCAUCGGGUCAAUGGUCGGCCGAUCUUCCUCAUUGCGAAGUUAUCCAAUGUCCUCCAAUCGAACCGGAAGAUCAGCAUCUAAAAAUUAAUUCCCCAAACCGAACUUAUGGCUCUAAGGUGUACUUCUCGUGCCCAACGGGAUAUCGUCUUUUAGGAUCUCCUUCCAUAACUUGCUUGAAAAACCAGAGCUGGUCGGACAUCUACCCCGAUUGCGAGGCCAUACAAUGCAACCCUCCUCUUCCUCCCGCUAAUGGACGUGUUCUAGAUAAUGGGCGUUAUCUUACCGGAGAUUUCAUACAAUAUACCUGCAAUGCCGGAUACGUUAUUGUGGGAGAGUCUAUAUCAGUUUGCGACGAUCACGGAGAGUGGACGCAGCAAUCCCCAAUAUGUAAACCAGCGUGCGAGUUUCCAGGAGAGCCAGCAAAUGGACAUAUAGUACCAACUAAGUUUCAUUACGACAUUGGUGAAGUGAUCGUAGUGGUCUGUAAUGCCGGACUACGUCUUUUGGGAUCACAAAGAUUGCGAUGUUCUCCUACAGGUCACUGGUCUAGUCCAUUACCCCAUUGUAGACAAUACGUUACAUCGUGAUGAUAUUUUAAGAAUUAAACAACAGCUGUGAUGUUCUUCUAUCUAAACAUUUAGUUAUACAAUUUUUUAGUGGUUCAAAAUAAUAAUAAUAAUAAUAAUAAUAAUAUUUCUCUUCCAUGUGCACAAUAUUUUUUUCUUUAAUUUAAUUUCUUUAAAAAACAAUACACGUUCAAGAAGGAAGUAGUUAAAUGUGUUUG